AUGCGGUGGCCCAGAAGGUGGCCAACGUCGACGUCACAUCCAACUUGUUGCGCCACUUCACGCGGCUGGGGUGCGCGGUUGGCAUGCCCCUCCCCAGUGCCUCUGUGGACACUGCGCAGGCGCCUGCGCAGGAGGGCAAGCAUGAAAUUGAUCGCGUUGGUUAUGAUGCAUUUGCUGGACAUGUUCCCCCCGACCGUUCUCACGGCGCUUGUCGGCAAGAUCGGAUUGGAGCUGUUGGGAGCGAAGUUGCUGCACUCGCUCCUGGUGGCUGCCACAAUCCUGCAGAUCGUGUUCUGGAGGCGCCUGGCGUGCAGGCACUUGCUCUUGACGAAGCUGCUCCCGAAGAUGCUGCUCCUCUCGUAG